AUAAUAUAUAUUGUUUUUCCGUUGUUAAAAACUUUACCAUCUCUACCUAUGUUAUAUAAUCACUUCUGUUCUUAAAGAAAAUAUUUGAUCAUCGAUAACGAAUCAUUCUCUCGUAAUACUUCUGCACCGUACCCGACUUUAUUCCCGUCUCUUCUUCUUUAAAAUUUACGUUUAUCUUAAUUUUUCCAUGCGAUUUGAACUGAUCGGAUCGCAUCCUUUUCACAAGAAGGGGAUAACGUAGUGUUAAUAUUCGUGCUUUCUCGACGCAUCUUUUAAUAUUUAUGCAAAAUUUUUGUUUUUAAGAAAGUUAUGCGAACAUUGCGUACGUAAUGUCGGUGGCGAUGUCAUCGGUCUGUCAAGAGAUAUUGAUGAUAGAACUAGCAAUACGUCACUUAAUUUUAUUAUUAGGCCACCCUGCCCGGAUACGGAGUCCAUACUCUGGAACAACUAGAUUACCGGGAACCUAAUUAUAUACUAAUCGAUAUCGAAACGAUCGUUAAGUCAACGACGUCUCAUUUCAUUUCCGCGAAUUUAAUUGAUCUUCUCAAGAGGACAAUUUAAAGCAGAAGAAACCCCCUUCUCUUUCCGCUCGGGGAAACAAACGCUCCGAAUCUUCAAGACCUAGCGAUGGAUCCCGAGAGUAGGGCGGUAAAUCUAAGUCGACCCCUCGCCUUUCGUGGAUGUCGUCCACGAGACAGACGGCGACGGACGUCGAUUCUUCGAAUCGCCGCCGUCGCUGGCGUCGCCAUCGGGGGUGGUGGGUGGCGCGGUGGCCGCCGCGCAUGUUUCUUCUCGGAUGGGAAAACGGAUCGAUGCUGGAAAUAGCUCGGCCCGCAGGAGAGAGUACGAGGUGAGUCGCCUUCGCUUUCGGCAGGGCCUCUCUCGAUGCCCGACGCCGUUGCCGCCGUCGUUGUUCGCCGCUCGUUUCCAGAAGGCAGAUAAGCUUCCGCCCGCGCAUCUUCCGUCGUCGCCGAAGAUCCCUUGUCGGUUCGAUCUUGCGGCGCGGCCGCCGCCGCCGCCGUCGUCGUCGACGUUUUUCUCUCUUCCUCUCUUUUCUUCUCUCUCUCUCUUUCCUUCUCUUUGAAUCGAGUACGCCGGCUGCGAGCACACGGAGCCGCGACCAAGCCGGGGACCAAGCCGAGCGGGAUGACGCGGAAAAAAUGUGCGCCGUACCAACGUGGCUGAUGAGGCUGAAAUCGAGCCUCUCGCACACCACAGUAGGUCUUAGAGGAUGCACAAGCUAGCCAAAGGCCUGAAGAAGAAGAAAAAGCCGAAGAAGGGCAAGAAGGGCGCGGAGGAGGAAUUCGAUCCGGAAGAGCUCGAGCGUUAUCGGCGCGAGCGGGCGGAGGCCCAACAGAAAGCUGAGGAAUCCGGCGGGUCGACUGCCGGUUCCGACGAGUGGAAGAAGUUCCAGGCUCUGACUGCGGGCGUCGAUUCGGUUCUGAGAAAGACCCAGGAUGAUCUCGAUCGGAUAAAGUCCACCUCGUUCUUCCAGCGAAAAGCGCCGUUGGAAGAGAAGAAGCACGAGGCGAAACAAGGCGAGGAUUCCAAGAAGUGGGUGGGUUUCGACGCGGAAGGUAAUCCAAUCGAGGCUGCGCCGCCGGAGAUCGACGGCCAAGACAAGAAGAAGAAGGAGAAGCCGUUGAUCAACGAGGACGGUUUUGUGGACGUGCCGGAAGAUGAGGAUGAGCAGGAAGACUCCGCCGACGAGGACAUCUUUGACACCACUUAUGUCGACGUUCUCCAGAAUAUCGAUAUCCAAUUAGCUUACAUACCGGAUAGUCCGACCGAGGAGGAAGCCGGCGACGAUCCGUUCGACACCACCAACGCCGACAAGGUUCUCAAGACAGUCGACAAGAAGGGCAACAAGUUAGUAAGCCUAGGCAAUGCCGUCGAGGUAUUAUCGGGAAGGAUCGAUCAUGUGAGCACUUGCAAGCUUACCAAGGGAAGGCGACCGAGACUUCAACAGGAUCUAUUGUUGGACGAUUUCGAAGAGGCGGAACAGCCUUCGGAAGCUGUUGUAGCGGAGCCAGUGGGGGUAGAGAAGACUCUGCUGGACGACGAUAGCGAUCUUCCCGACAUUCCUGUCGACUUGACAAAGUUGCCACCUGUAUUACCGAGACCGGUCACCCCCGUCACUCCUCUUCAAGAAGAUACAACAUCGACAGCUGCGGAGAAAACUUUGAACGGUCCGUUAGAUAUCUCUGAGUUUGAGGUGCUAAAGGAGAAGACUAUCUUGGAGGAGAUUCCUGAUUUAGAUGACGCCGAAUUCGAUUUGAACGCUACGCCUGAUGAACCAGCUCAUCUCAAGGAGGUCGACGAUCCGUUUGCCGCAAAGGAGCCCGAAACGGUCGAUUUUCAAACAGAUAUAAUCGAGGCCAGCUUUGAAGCGGCCACCUUUGUCGACGAGGCCGAUCCGUUCGACACCACAUUUGCGGAUAAUAUUCUGCCGGGUAAAGCGGAACUGAAGUUUAUUGAGAAGGAACUCGAAGAACUGCCCGUCUCGGAAGUAUCUAUAUGCCUGACCGAUCCCGCUGGCUUGCAUAGAGAUUAUGAAACUGGCUUGCUGAAAUUAGAGGAGGAGCAGAGAAGCGGUCAUGACAGUCUACAGUUACUUAAAAAAGAUCUGCUAGGCGGUUCCACGACCGAUCUUAGCCAGUUGGCGGAUCAACCGAUCGCACCAGUUGAGGAGAUCACGUACGUCGAUCCGUUCGAUACAUCUGCAGUGAAGGAACUUCCACCUGGCCAAACAGAGCUCAAGGUCUUGGAGAAGGAGUUGCUCGGCGAACAAUCCGGCAGCUGCGUCGAGAACAACAACGACGACGAGGACGACGACUUCAAUCCGAGGAAGGAUGAGGCGACAGUAAACCAACCAUCAGUGAAACAACUGCCUGAAAGACCACCCGUGCCGGUUAAGCCCGUGUUCGAAGUUGACUUUGACGAGGAGAAUACCAAGGUCGAAGCGACACCGACGAAUCUCACGAGGAAAACCUCGCGGCCGGAGGUUCUCGAACUAGCUCCGACCAAAGCCGUCGCAUUCGAGUUGCCAACGCCGUCAAAGAGGCCCGACCUUCUCGCGACCACCGAAGAAGAGAAAACUCUACCUUCCAAACCGUUGACGCCAUACUACUCGGAGAAGUCCAUAGAAGAGUCAUUACCGUUGGAGGACGAGGAAGUAGAUGUCGAUCCGUUCGACACAAGUUUCGUCAACAGUGUCGCGCCAGGCAAGACAGAGCUCAAACUUAUCGAGUCGGAGCUGCUGAAGCAGGAACCCAAAUUGUCUCAUAGCUUGAGCGAUCACGAUUUCGAUCCGAGAUUCGCCGCGGAACCGAUCAGGAGACAAAGUGACUUUACCGCUACUUCGGUUACGCCGAGCAGCCUAAAACUCGCGCAGCUGCAAUCAUCGCUGAUACAGAAGAUCGAAGAGGAGGUGAUCGCGAAGCAAGGACCACAGAGGCAAGAAAGCUUGCUAGAUGCGGAGGUCGAGGUCGAUGCAAAACCUUUGACACCUAGAAUCGAGAGCAAGCCCAUUGAGGAGGAGGAGAUUUUGUACUCAGAUCCCUUCGACACCUCCAUUGCGACUAACAUCCUUCCCGGUAAAGCAGAAUUAAAGAUAUUGGAAAGCGAGUUAGAACAGAUCCCUCAGCAACCGCCGCCACGUCCUAUCAAUUUACCCACGGUGGUGCCAACCAUCCCGGCAUCGAUAGUCCCGGAAAUCGACGACUUUGAUCCAAGGGCGGACGAGGCAAAGGAGUCCAAGGACUUUUUGUCCUUGGACGGGCAGGAUCCCGGCGAUAAAGUGUUAACACCGCUUCAGAACAAGGACUUCAGUUUAAACAACGACGUGGAUCCUUUCGAUACAAGUUUCGCGACCAUUGAACCUGGACGAACUGAACUGAAGCUGCUCGAGUCAGAAUUGAUGAAGUUCGAUUCAUCGAGUUCGAUCAUGGAUUCCAAGGGCGGUAAUCCAUUCCUGAUGGACGAUUACGCGGCGCAGCCGGGGAGCGGCCUGCCUCCGCAGGCUUCCAAUCCUUUUCUUCAGGAUUUCGCCGACACAACAAGUUCUGGCGCGGGCGAAAAUCCUUUUCUGAACUUCAGUAGUGAUCAGACAUACGAGCCGUCAGCCGUGUCUACCGACUCUACUAAUCCGUUCGCCUCUUUUGGCAUCGAAAGUAACGCUCCGGAUGCCGGAUUCGGAGCGAUCACCGAUACUAAUACGCCAGCAACCAACGUCUUCACUAGCCAAUCGUCCGACAUCUUCGGCACGUCUGAUGACACGAAUGUGGAUCUAUUCGGCUCGAUUUCGAUGACGACGACAAUGACAACGACCAUGACGACGACUAUGACGACGACGAUAGAGAAAGAACCGAUUGUCAGCCCACCGCAGCAACCAGCAGCGACGCCUCCAUCGAAGAACGGAAAACCACCACCAUCGAGACCUCCGCCACCCAGACCGCAACCCCCACCGGUGCCACCUGCCAAAAACACAAAAGACCUGAUACUGUCGGUCACGGGUGCCAUGGACGCCACUUCGAAUCACCUUUUAGAUCGCUUGCAGAUGACCAGAACGCCCAGCCCGACGCUGAUGCAUUCCCCGUCGCCUACCCCGGAGCACAGCUUCGCCGAUCUCGUGGACGUCGACAGCAACGUGCCGGAUCUUAUUCCGGAUGACAACAACAAGGCCGAUGAGCCGCCAGGCAAUCAAGACAUCAUGGACCUCUUCAAUGCGCCAAACACGGAUGUCACCGCGUCCACCAUCUUCUCCACUUCCAUGAUCACCACGGGCACUACCAGCCUCACCGGGAUAACCGCCAAGCAGGACAAUCCCUUCGCGAGUAUGAGCGAGGAAGCGGCGCUUCCAGUGGUCUCACAAGCACAACCUGCUUUCGGAAUGGAAUAUCCAAAGGAUACCGUCAGUAACGAGAAACGGCCUUCGAUAACUUCUGCAAGUGCUUUUGUGGAUGUCGAAACGGAAGUGGGAAAAUCCGGCAGUGUUCUGGACCUCACGGAACCCACCCCUGCCGUUCAACCCACGUCGGUAGCGGCUACUGAACUCUUCCAAGGAGGAGAACAAGUUUCUACCAAUGCUGACGUCAACUUUUUCUCCAUGACUGACACUACUACAGCAACGCCGUUCGGCGUAUCCGAAGUCACUUCCGCGCCUUUCGCAACUGCAGCGACUGCUCAGCCCUUGUUCGCGACAUCAGAGAUCACGCAGCCCGUUCAAGACGCCUUCGCCUCAGAUCUGCUGGGUGACUUUGGUGAACCGACCAAAGAGAUUGACGGCGGUCUAAUCUCUACUAGUCCGAUCCCCGGAACGGAGUUUCCCAGCAACGAGGCUUACCGGCCCGAAGAGCAGCUGGAUAACUUCGCCGCUACGACUAAGGCAAUCGAGGAAACCGGCGAUUCGUUCGACGCCUUUGCAUCCAAGUUUGAUAAGGCCGCCGAACCGGAAACCAACGGAAGGGAUCCCUUCAUGGAUGCCUUCGGUGGCGGACCGACCGCCAUGGACACCUCUAGCGAUGUUUGGGGAGACUCGUCAGUGGCUGGCUCGGAAACGGCAAUUACCGGUUUCGGUGAAUCCGAUGGUUUCGAUUCCUUCCUGAGCAUGACAGCUCCGCCGGUAGAUACGAAAGUAAAAAGAGUCGAAUCCGCCGAAUCGGAUGAGGGACCGGAUUUCAGUGUAUUCAUCAAACCGAAAGAAGGAGAUCAGAUGGCAAUGACAGAAAGCGGGCCUGUACCUACGUUAGCACCGCCGCCUAAGAGUCCGCAGGUGGUCGCGUAUGCAGAUUCCUCGCCGCGUUUCAAUCCGUUCGAUAAAUCCGGAAUUGCGCAAGAUGCUGUGGUAUCCGAAACCGCUCAGACAGCCGAGAUGACCAGGACAGAUUCCCAGGAAACUCCACCUACCCCCUUAUUCGACGAAGACGUUAGCCAACCGCUCGAGGACUUCCCGAGGGUACCUUAUACCGGCGACGGUUGGGAGAUGCAGUUGCGACAGCCGAACAAGAAGAAAAUCACAGGGCAACGAUUCUGGAAGAAGAUCUUCGUCAAACUCGUCUAUCAGGCUGACAGUCCGAUCCUCCAACUGUUUAAUAAUAAGGAUGACAAAGAUCCGUUUCAAGAAUUACCUUUGCUCUCCUGUUACUCGGUUUCGGACAUCGGCGCCCAGCAAUUCGAUCAGUACGGAAAGAUCUUUACGGUGAAGCUGCAGUACAUCUUCUACAAGGAGAGGCCGGGCGUGCGACCCGGUCAGGUCACGAAAGCAGAAAGAAUCACGAACAAACUCAGCCAGUUUGCGGCAUACGCUAUACAAGGGGAUUACCAAGGCGUUAAAGAGUUCGGCAGUGAUCUGAAGAAACUGGGUCUUCCUGUUGAACACGCACCUCAGAUCUCACAGCUAUUCAAACUUGGUUCCCAAUGUUAUGAGGACAUGAAACAAUUUUCUUAUGCUAUCGAGGAGGCUCUCUUCAGGUUAUCGGUGCACCGAGAUCGAGCAUUAACUUACAAAACGGAAGAAGUCCAGAUAACGGUCGUAGACGAGCUGUAUGUCGAGCAGAGUUCGGAGGGUCACGUGGACAAACAGAUUGCACGCGUUCGUCUCUUCUUCCUGGGGUUCCUUUCCGGUAUGCCCGACGUAGAAUUAGGAAUAAAUGAUAUGUGGCGACAGGGUAAAGAAGUCGUCGGCAGACACGAUAUUAUCCCGGUCGUAACGGAAGAAUGGAUUCGCCUGGAGAACGUCGAGUUCCAUUCCUGCGUGCAACAGGACGAGUACGAAAAAUCACGAAUAAUCAAGUUCAAGCCGCCUGAUGCAUGUUACAUUGAAUUGAUGCGGUUCCGUGUAAGACCGCCUAAAAACAGAGAGUUGCCGCUUCAGUUAAAAGCUGUUAUGUGCAUUACUGGGAACAAGGUGGAGUUGAGAGCGGAUAUUCUCGUGCCGGGUUUCGCAUCCAGGAAACUGGGCCAAAUACCAUGCGAAGACGUGAUGGUUCGCUUUCCUAUACCCGAAUGCUGGAUUUACCUCUUCAGAGUGGAGAAGCAUUUCAGGUACGGCUCGGUGAAAUCAGCGCACAGGAGAACCGGAAAGAUCAAGGGUAUCGAGAGGUUCUUGGGCGCCGUUGACACGUUAGAACCGCAAUUGAUGGAGGUCACUUCCGGUCAGGCGAAAUACGAACAUCAGCAUCGCGCUAUCGUAUGGAGAAUGCCUAGGCUGCCUAAAGAGGGACAAGGCGCGUAUACGACGCAUCAGCUGGUUUGCCGUAUGGCUCUCACAUCCUAUGAUCAGAUCCCCGAAAAUCUCUCGGAGUACUGUUACGUGGAGUUCACGAUGCCGGCGACCCAGGUCUCCCAUACCACCGCGAGGAGCGUCAGUCUUCAAAAUAACGACACUGAUUCGCCUCCGGAGAAGUAUGUCCGUAAUUUAUCGCGUCACGAAUACAGGGUGGGGAUCGAGCAUACGCAGGGCGAUGGGCCGAAUGCGUACGUUGCGGCAACGAUUGCAAAGAAGAUACCGGAAAGCACGCCGGAAACUCAUAGCGAGGCGUCCGACGCUGCGGCCGAGUCCGAUUCCUUCUCCUCGGAUUAAUGCGGGUAAUCUCGGUCGCUGGAUCGAACAUCCGUGUUAAUUAGUGCAUACCGAGACGAAAGAGAACGAAGGGGGGGGGGGGGGGGAGGGAGCGGGAGCGGAAGAGAGAGAGAGAGAGAGUUAAAGAGAACACGUUACGUAAGUCGAGAUCGGUGAAGAAUCGCAUAUGGCCGAGUCUAGUCGUUUAUAAGAGACGUGAACAUAAAUACUGUUUCAUGUAUUAAUCUGUAUACAAAGAGAAAAUGUGCGCGCGAACGCGGGGAUGUUUUGUAAAUCGCCGGUAAAUUGCGAUAAUUUCGUUCUGCACGUGUGUGCGAUAAACGUAAUGGCUUUGCGCGUUAAGUUAACGUUCGAAAUUAUAGACGAAUAAAAUGGAACCAGGUCAGCAAAGAUCUGAGAUUAGUCGAUCUACCAGGAAGCAUCUUCAAAAGUGUGGCGCGCAAAAAACACAUCAGUUAUCCUAAAACUGUACGAUCAGAGUCACAUAGAUCGUGAGAAUAAAUCGUUCGAGAUUUUUUUCCCGAAAAAAACAAAAAAUAAAAAAAGAUUAACCUCGAUUUUCGGAAAUUUUCACAUCUAUAUGGUUUUAUUAAGAUUGGAUGUUUUUAUCUCGAUUUAAUCUGUAAUCAUCAUUUGUUGAAAAAUAAUCUUGCAAGCAGGCGAUUUAUGAUACAUCUCGUCCGUAUUCGAGCGCAAUAAUUAUAGUGAUUAUAAUGAGAAGUAAAGUAAGAAGAGAAAAUAACUUGUGAAAAAUGGAAGGACAAUACCGCUUUUUCGUUCCAUUUAGCUUGUUAAGUCGUAACACUCGCGGUGGAAAGCUUUGUGUUCAUGACAUGGGUUCAUGAUGACGUUUCAAAGACUUAUCUCGAUACUCUCGCCACCGUGGCUAUGAAAAUCCAUUAUUGAUAAGAACAGUCGCGUGCUUUUUUAAACGGUCGGAUCGUAAAUAUUACACUUUAUUUUCCGUCCAAAAAUUUGCAUCAAAAUUAUUUAGAUCUAUCGUUUGAAUCUAUCACGAGAAUCUCUACAAAAUAUCAUAGAUUACAAAUUGAUCAUUACACAUAACACAAAAUUUUUAUUCAAAUAUUUUAAGAGUUUUAAUUUCAUAUUAUUUCAACAUCAGAAUAUUAAUAAGAUAACGUUAUCGAAUUUGUCCAUAAAUUACUUAAAGGAAAUAUUAUCCGCAGCAAAGAGAAAGAUUAAUGACAUUAAAUGACGUUGUCGUUGCGAUCAGAGAGCAAUGAUCUGUUAGAUGCCGUUAUGGUUUUAUAGCGCAUAUCCCAUUGUUUUUUGAGCUUAUAGAGGAUCUACGCGUACCGUUAUCUAGUCGCUAAUAGAUAUUAAGUAGAUAAAUCAAUUUACUCGUGUGUGUGCGUUAUAUAAAAUUUUCUGUAGGAUAGCGUGCGGGCAACAAUAAUAUAUGAGGUAUCGAUAAUUUUACAACACUGGAGUGUCCAUCGUGUGUGCGUAAUACUAGCUCAACGAGAAUGCGAUAAAUUCGUAAGACUGCGAGAGAGAAUACGUCUAGUCUUUAAUGAUAUUCGUUAUUUAAGCGUUAAUAAUAUCUAAGUGCUUGUAGCGUUAGUUAUAGUACAAUCUCUAGAAGUGUAAGUUUCCGUUUUCGUUAUCGUUUUACUUUCGUCUUUUUCCGGUCGGUGCGCAUGGUACCGACUUGUGGCAGAAAAGCAGCAUCACCAAAUAUUAGGAUUAAGAUCUACUGUACUAGUGGCAUAAUUAUACGUGACAUUUCGAGCGAGAGUACAUAAUAUAAAGAGAGAUCUCCAUUAAUUAACCAUGAGAUAUAAAAUACUCUCGUCGUACGUUUAGUAGACAUUAAGACAUUAAUUAUAUUCAAUAUAUAUAUAUAUAUAUUGAAACAAUUAGAGACGUAAGUUUCAGUUAUGUUUUGAAUUUUUCGUUGACACGUUCUCAACCUGCAAGAAAGGUCAGAAGAGUUGAUUCUAGUCCCUAGCUAUUAAGAGAACCGUACGACACAGACGGACAUACCGUCGAUCGUACAUUAGUUUAAUAAGAUGUAGAUUAAGGUUCUAGAUUAUAAGUGUAACUUCCGUCAUUCGGCAGCGAGUACUAAUAUAUAAAGAUAGCCACAAGCAAGCCAUAGUAAUUCGCGCCAGUUGUUGAUUGCUACUCUGAUCCUCGGCGACGUAUAAAUUUCUGAUAUUUCUAUAUAAAUGUCUCAUCAAAUCGCGCCUUUGAUUCGCGAAAUAUUUCGUGUAAAUAAAAAGUAGUCAUUUUUAACAGAAACAAAAAAAAACAAUUUUUUUAUAUAACAAAAGAUAGAAACAAAUUUAUCAAAGACAGCACAAAAGAUAUACUACAAUCUGUUAUUUUACUUGAUGCAAUUUUUAUCAAAAUAAAUAUCAUUAAUUAUGUUCCCGCGAUUCUUGACAAGUCAUAUAAUUUCAAUAUUCGAAAAUUUUUCAUUCUUUUUUAUAUAACAAAGAGGCUUCUCUCUUUCUUUGUUGAAAUAUAAAAAAAAUGUUUAUGUGUAAUAACUUAUCACGGUGUCCCGAAAGUUUUUAAGAGAGUACGCGAGAGAAAUUCUACAAACCUAAAUCGGAUUCAACGAUGCUCCUCGCUCUUUGAAACACUGCAAAGCUUUUCGAGCUACAGUGUCAUGGUUUAUUUGAAUUUGGUGUCUUAAACGGAUUUUGGGCAGAUGUCCCCUUCGCAGGGGCCUGCGCCAAUAUGUGACGUUUCCAGCUCGUGAUCUCAAAAUACGCAUAAUCGUACCGUCGUGCGAUCCAGAAACGGCGUUCGUGUAUCUAAGCAAAAAAGCAUAUAAAGUACAGUUAAACAUUGCAUGUAUAGAUUUUAGGAAAGGGUAAGAGUAGAGUUAGCGAAUAAGAGCGCGGCUCCGAUGUGUUUACGAUGAUUCUGGAAGAGAAUGAGUGGCGGAAAGAGAGAGAGGAAAUCGUACGUGAUGUGAAUUAAAUUUUAAACAUUUAACGAAAAAACAAGUUGACACUUGCCACGUGUUUGUUGUUUGUAUGAUUCUGCAUACGUUUUUGCCUCUCUGAUAGUUUUUCUAUUCUAAACAGAAAGAAAAUAAACAUGAGAAAGACAAACGCGUAAAGUUAUGAAAAUGUUAUAUAAAUCGUCUCUCUAAAGUUUCUAAAGUGUCACGCUUUAUGAACGACACAUUAUAUAAUACAAUCUGUUGAUUUCAUUUACAAUUGUAUUUUAAUACAAUCACGCGAGUUUAUCGAUAACAGUAUGAUAUAUAAAUCGAGAGCUACAGUUUCGCCAAAUGUGAUGGUACUCUCUAUACUUCUGUAAAAAAAGUAUAGCUUUUUGAUGUUAGCGUGUAUGCAGCGGAAUAAUUGGAAGUAGACGCAAAAAUUUAGCAUCACAACUCCCCCUCAUUGCGAUAAUAUAUAAAUGUGUCAUGUGCGUACAUUCAUCGAUCCAUUUGAGAGGAAAAGCAUUAUUUAUCUCCGUAUAAUAAAUCAAGUAGAAAUCAAGUAUAGAGUGGACAAUAGAUUUAAACUCCGUUGAUCUAAUAUUUGUCAUAAGAAAUAAAUAUUGUAAAGGAACAAGUAGAAUAUAUAUUAUAUAACCGUUGUCCUCUUAUCGUAUUGAAAAAAAAAAAAGAAAAUGUUCUGUACAGGUAAAAAAAGUCUGUAAAGAUAAAGUUUAGUCGCGCUUUUUUGUGAGAACGAUAUGUAAGAUUUAAGAGUAGGAAAUAUGAAAAAUGGAAUGUAUCUUGAUAAGUGGCAGAUGUGUGUACGUAGUUAAGAGAGUAACAUGUGUUUUCUUUGGAGAACAUUGCAUCGUCUCGAUUGCCCUUAAAUGAGAUCAUCGAGGGAAGCUUCAUUGCGGUUUUUCAUGCAAUGCGAAUGUAUUUGCCACGACAGUAAAUGAGAAAAAAGCUAAUGUCAGUAGAAAAAUUUAUGUUGCAUAAUGUAUAUUUUUCUCUCGUCUCUAUAUAUUUAAAAUGUUAAGCGCGAUUAUACAUAUAUCGCUACCGAUGUGUCAAGUUUUUCUGAAUAAUUUUCAAAGAUUUGUUUUCUCGAUCGCAAAACGCAUUGUCUCAUAAAGAUUUUGCCAAAAAUAUUGAACUCAUGUAAAAUUCGAAAUGUGUUCAAAGUUCAUAGGUUCUUAGAUUAGUAAGAUUAAGUAUAUAGGAUCAAAAAGUAUUAAUAUAAAAAAAAAAUGACACGUGUUAUUAAUUUAAUAUUGAUGUUGUGUAAUUACGCGUUACUUGUGACAAUGCAUGUUAAAUCAGCGGAUGAUAGCAUUUAAGGGUUAAUCGAUAUCAACGCAAACGAAAAACUGAAAAACGUAUGUGUACCACUUUGUUCCAUCGUGGCAAGCAGUAAUGUAUACAGACAUGAUCGAAUAAAUAACUUACGUUACAUAUCG